AUGGUGGAAAAGUUGAAACUUCAAACUGAAGUACAUCCUCAUCCUUACAAGUUACAAUGGCUGAGAAAAGGAAACAAAGUUAAGGUAACAAAGCGCUGUUGUGUUCAAUUCUCUAUUAGAAAUAAGUAUGAAGACGAAGUCUGGUGUGAUGUUAUUCCAAUGGACGCAUGCCACUUGUUGUUAGGACGCCCAUGGCAAUAUGAUCGUCGAGCUCACCAUGAUGGAUACAAAAAUACUUAUUCCUUCAUUAAGGAUGGAGCAAAAAUUAUGUUGACUCCAUUAAAGCUAGAAGAUUGCCCAAAGAAACAAGAGAAAGAUAAAGCACUCAUCACUAUGUCUGGUUUAAACAAAGCUUUUUGUAAGCCAAGUCUUUUAUACCUCUUAUUAGUUUGUGAGGAGAAUGAAGUAUCUUCACCCUUGUCCAAAGAUGUCAAACCCAUAAUUGAAGAGCUUUGUGAUGUUGUACUUGAAGAGAUACCCCAUGGACUGCCACCAAUGCGAGAUAUUCAGCAUGCCAUUGAUUUCAUCCCUGGUUCUAUAAUUCCAAACAAGCCUGCUUAUCGCAUGAGUCUGCAAGAGCAUAAGAAGUUACAACAUCAACUCAAACAACUUUUAGAAAAAGGCCUGGUAAGAGAAAGCGUUAGCCCUUGUGCUGUUCCUACUUUAUUAGUUCAAAAAAAACGCAACAUGGCGUAUGUGCAUUGA